AUGGAAGCAUCAUCGAAUAGUCGAGAUGGACUAUCCUCAUCAUCAUCAACAACUACUACUGCUACUAUUACUUCAUUACAGUUAUCUGUUGAACAGUGGGAAUUAUUAAGACGUUUAAGAAAUAGUCAUCUAUCGAAAACACAAAUUAUUCGAGCCUAUGAUGAACUUGAUCGGCUUGAUCGUGAACUUGGAAGUUUAUUUAAUAGUGCACCUCCUGUUCCGCCCAUUCCGUCUUCAUGUACAAAUGUUCCUUCAACCGAUCCAGUAUCGCCUUCAACAUUAAAUUCUCAACAAGUAUCUCCACCAUCAUCAACAUCUAUAACCAACAAUAAUAAUAAUAAUAACAACAACAAACGACCACAUAGUCAUAGUGUUAAUGGUGUAAUACCUGGUAGACAAUCGAAUGGCUAUCAUUCAUCACAAAGUCAUCCGUCAACGUCAUCAUCACUUAUUGGUCUACGGCCAACAAGAAAUAGUAAUAAUGAACUAAAUUCAUCGAUGAUAAAUCAACAUGAAACAAUAAAUCAAAAUGAUCUUGAAGAAGAAAAUCGAGAAUUACAAGAAUUACUAGCUAAAGGUGAUGUUGCUAUUCAUAAUGAAAUCUCUGUUUUUGUCUAUCGGUAUGAUUUAAAGCAAUCACAAAUAGCUCGAAUGGCAGCUGUGAAUCAAGCCUAUGUGUCGAAAUUUUUACGUGGUGAUUUAUUUGAUUUAUCAGAAAAUGGUCGCAUGGCCAUCUGUCGAUGGUACAUAAGAUAUAGAAAAAUUGUUCAAUCUAUGAGUGGUAACCAACCAUCAGCUGAAUUAUUAGCUAAUUUAACAUCAUCAUGUGAACCACCAACUAAAAUUCCACGUCUUGGUGAAUCUCAAAUAAAUAAUAAUGCAUCUCCUGUUUCAUUUGAUACACCUAAGCGCACUCGAUUUACCUUUCGACCUGAACAUCUCGACAUCCUUGAAAAAGCUUUUAUUGAUAAUCCAUAUCCGGAUCCACGACGUCGUGAAGAUCUAGCUCGUGCAUGUAAUGAAGCUCGAACACGAAUCGAUGGUUCAAAUGAAGUAUUAAAUGAACGUGAUCGUGUCACUGAUGCCAUCGUCACACAUUGGUUUCAAAAUAAACGAAAAAUGACCAAAAGUCAACGAGUAUCAAUGCAAGAAGAAUCAAUGCCACUAAGCAUUUCAAAUGGUAGUAAUAAUCAUCCAUCAACAAUGUCAAUGAAUGAUUUUGAAAGUACUAAUGGUGAUGAUGAUAUUCAUAUUCCUCAGCACCAUCUUCAACAACAGCAGCAACAUCAAAAAUCAACUGUACCUGUUGUUGAUGUCGACUGUUUUGAUACACCAUCAUCAUUACUGGACCCACAGAUGGCUGCAUAUCAUGCUAUAAUGAGUCGUAUGGUACCAUUUGCAAAUAAUAUUAAUGGACAUAAUUUGUCAAAACGUUUUGUUAAACAAGAACCGAUUUUAAAACAAGAUGACUCGAGUAAUGAUGUCGAAUCAAACUCUCAAUCACCAUUAAAUGAUCAUUUAUCGCCGUGA